UUGCAAAACAACGAAGUAAGCUUUCCAAGUUUUUGAAACUCUGUUCAUAAAUUUGUUAACAAGAACAUCUGUGGGAUGUUAAAGCCAUUACAAGCACCAUGGGAGCAUCUCCAUCACCAACCUUUAAGAACUGUUCAAGCUCUCUGAGCUUCCUUUUCAUGUUCUUGAUUGUUUUCGGUUCAUCAGCAUUUGAUUUUGCUACGUCUGCUGAAGAAGCUGCUGCUCUUCUGCUAUGGAAAACCGGUCUUCAAGAUCCUCACGCACGCCUAGCUUCAUGGCAGCACCCUUCCAACGCAACUGGUCCAUGCACUUGGUUUGCCAUUUCUUGCAAUGGUGCCAUGAGUGUCACCAAAAUAAACCUCACAAAAUCUGGCUUACAAGGUACGCUCGAUCGAUUUUCAUUCUCCUUGUUCCCGAAUCUUGAGUACUUUGAUCUCAGCGUGAACUCGAUCUUUGGUGCCAUUCCAUCUCAAAUCAGUCAACUCUCCAAACUAGUCCAUCUUGAUUUGUCCGCUAAUAAUUUGAAUGGUUUGAUUCCUUCUUCUUUCGGAAAUUUAACCAAUCUCACUUACUUGAACUUGUGUAGGAACUUUCUUAAUAGUUCCAUUCCUUUAGAAAUUGGUAACCUUUCGAAUUUGGUAGAGCUUUACUUGAACACCAACAAUCUCACAGGUUCCUUCCCACCAACUUUUGUCAACUUAAAAAGAUUAAGAUUUUUAUACAUGUAUGAAAACAUGCUUGUUGGCUCUAUUCCUCUAGAAAUAGGGAAUCUGAUAUCUCUCAGCCAUCUCAGCCUUUACAGCAACAACCUUUCAGGUCCUAUCCCGGAGUCCUUAUGUGACCUUAUGAACCUUACUGUGCUUGAACUAUACCGGAACAAUCUUUCAGGCCCUAUACCGGAAAACAUUGGGAACAUGAAGUCUCUUGUUGUUCUAAAUAUCAUGGAGAAUAAGCUCAGCGGUCCUAUUCCCAUUUCAAUUGGUGAUUUGAGCAGAUUAGAAGUUUUGUACAUUCGUGACAACCUGCUCUCAGGUUCCAUUCCGGAAGUGAUAGGAGAUCUCAUGAAUUUGGUUGUGUUCCGAGUUGCCAGAAACAAUUUAACUGGCCAUUUGCCGCAGAACAUCUGCAAAAGUGGAAGGCUUAACAAUUUCACUGCAAAUGGGAAUCGUCUGUCAGGUCGAAUGCCAGAAAGCUUGAGAAACUGCACAACAUUGUACAGAGUUCGCCUUGAUGGAAACCAAUUCACUGGAAAUAUUUCUGAAGACUUUGGUGUUUAUCCGAACUUGGACUACAUAAACCUAAGUGACAAUAAGUUUUACGGCGAAAUUUCACACAAAUGGGGCAAGUCUUUGCAGCUAACAGAUUUUGAGAUUGCAGGGAACAACAUCACUGGUUCCAUACCACCUGAGAUUGGAAACUUGACUCAACUCGGUUUGCUUAAUCUUUCCUCAAAUCAUUUGGUCGGGAAGAUCCCUGUGGAACUUGGAAGGCUGACGUCUAUGGUGAAGCUUAUAUUGAAUGACAAUCAACUUUCUGGUGGUAUACCUCAAGAGCUCGGAUCACUGACUGAGCUCGAGUAUCUUGACCUGUCCGCAAACAAUUUGAGCCAGUCGAUAGCAAGUAGUAUCGGGGACUUUGCAAAACUUCACCACCUGAAUUUGAGCAAAAACAAGUUGAGCCAUGGAAUACCAAUUCAGUUGGGCAUGUUACUGCAGCUGUCUGUGCUGGAUUUGAGUCAUAACAUUCUUGCUGGAGAGAUACCAACUGAAUUUUCCAGUUUGGUUAGUUUGGUGACACUAAAUCUCUCCCACAACAACCUUUCCGGUGUUAUUCCAAGUACUUUUGAUGACCUGCAUGGCUUGGAGUUUGUCGACAUAUCGAACAAUCAGUUAUGUGGUCCAAUUCCGAGUAACAAAGCACUCCAAGAGGCUCCCGUGCAAGCAUUGCAAGGAAACAAUGGUUUGUGUGGCAAUGCUACAGGUCUACCGCCCUGCAACAAUAGUCUUUUUGAAAAGAUUCAUAAAUCGAAAACUGGUUCCAAAAUUGUGCACAUAAUCUUGCCACCUGCGGUGGGGGCAAUUGUAAUUGCUUCCUGUGUAAUUUACAUCACUUUACUAAGAAGAAAUGAAUGCGAACAAACUGACAAGGGUGACAUGCAGCCUAAAGAAUUUGAACUGCGCACGAUUUCAAUUUUUGAUGGAAAGUUGUUUUAUGAAGAAAUCAUAAAAGCAACUGAGGAUUUUGAUGAUGCAUAUUGCAUUGGAAGAGGGGGGUUUGGCAGUGUUUACAAAGCAAAACUGCCGUCAGAUGACUUGGUGGCUGUAAAGAAGCUCCACACUCCAUCUGAAGGUGAAUGGAGCACUCAGAAAGAGCUUCUAAAUGAGGUAAAGACAUUGACUGAGAUACGCCAUCGGAACAUUGUCAAGCUUUAUGGUUUCUGCUCACAUUCAAAACACUCGUUUUUGGUUUACGAGUACCUUGAAAGGGGUAGCUUGUUUUCAAUCUUGGACAAUGAUGAGGAGGCUAUGAAAUUGGAUUGGAGUAAACGGCUGAAUAUCAUUAAAGGUGUGGCACAUGGAUUAUCCUACAUGCACUCUGAUGUGUCCCCGCCUAUUGUUCAUAGAGACAUAUCCAGCAAGAACAUUUUGCUGGACGAUGAAUAUGAGGCUUGCAUUUCCGACUUUGGCACUGCUAAACUACUCGAUAUUAACUCUUCUAACUGGACUGCAGUUGCGGGCACGUUUGGAUAUGUAGCACCAGAGUUUGCAUACACAUUGAAGGUAACUGAGAAAUGUGACGUCUACAGCUUUGGCGUGUUAGCACUUGAAGUGAUUCAAGGAAAGCACCCGAGUAAUCUAAUCGGGUCAUUGUUAUCACCAGUAAUCAGGGAAGGCAAAAUGCUCGGGGAUUUGUUAGAUGAUCGCAUUGCACCACCCACAGAUAUAGUUCUGGUUGAACUUACUACUGUCUUUAAGCUAGCAGUUGCAUGCUUACAUGAAAAUCCUCGGUUUAGGCCGACAAUGUACGACAUUUCUCAGAUUAUAUCACUCGAAAUCUCCGAUAUAGAGAAGGGACAGGUAGAGCGCUGAAUUUGUGUAGUAGGUGAGGAAUUUAGAGAGGAUUUUAACUUGGCUAAUCUCCAUAAAUUUGUAUAGGCUAGAUAUGUAGCUACCAAUUAACUGUGGUAUAUAUGUAUAUACUAUAAUCCUGGUGUAGACUUAAUAUAAUUUGUUCAUAGUCACACACCUACCUAGGCUG